UCACGUGACUCUCGGCCCGGAAGCUCUUGAGUGGAAGACACCACCUCCUGGAUGACCCGGUGUGUAGCUGCUGGUUCAAGUGGUCUCCCCUGUCCACCACUAUGGCCUGGACCAAGUACCAGCUGUUCCUGGCCGGGCUCAUGCUGGUCACCGGCUCCAUCAACACGCUUUCAGCAAAGUGGGCUGACAACUUCAAAGCUGAAGGCUGUGGAGGAAGCAAGGAGCACAGCUUCCAGCAUCCCUUCCUCCAGGCAGUGGGCAUGUUCCUGGGAGAGUUUUCGUGCCUUGCUGCCUUCUACCUGCUCCAGUGCAGAGCCGCAAGACAGUCUGACUCCAGCAUAGAGCCCCAGCAGUCCUUCAGUGCCCUACUUUUCCUGCCCCCAGCCCUGUGUGACAUGACUGGAACCAGCCUCAUGUAUGUGGCCCUGAACAUGACCAGUGCCUCCAGCUUCCAGAUGCUGCGGGGUGCAGUGAUCAUCUUCACAGGCCUGUUCUCAGUGGCCUUCCUGGGCCGGAGGCUGGCCCCAAGCCAGUGGGUGGGCAUCCUGGCCACCAUUGCAGGACUGGUGGUAGUUGGCCUCGCUGACCUCCUGAGCAAGCAUGACAGUCAACACAAGCUCAGCGAAGUCAUCACAGGUGACUUGUUGAUCAUCAUGGCCCAGAUCAUCGUUGCCAUCCAGAUGGUGCUGGAGGAGAAGUUUGUCUACAAACACAACGUCCACCCACUCAGGGCAGUGGGCAUUGAAGGUUUCUUUGGCUUUGUGAUCCUCUCACUACUCCUCGUGCCCAUGUACUACAUCCCAGCGGGCUCCUUUAGCGGAAACCCUCGCGGGAUGCUGGAGGACGCGCUGGAUGCCUUCUGCCAGGUGGGCCGACAGCCCCUGAUUGCCCUGGCCCUGCUGGGCAACAUCAGCAGCAUCGCCUUCUUCAACUUCGCGGGUAUCAGUGUCACCAAGGAACUGAGUGCCACCACUCGCAUGGUGCUAGACAGCCUGCGCACCGUGGUCAUCUGGGCCUUGAGUCUGGCACUGGGCUGGGAGGUCUUCCACCCACUGCAGAUCCUUGGUUUCCUCAUCCUCCUCAUGGGCACUGCCCUCUACAAUGGGCUGCACCAUCCACUGCUAGCCUGCCUGUCCAGGAGCUGCCAUCGCCCCACCCAAGAGGGUGAACAAGAGAGACUGCUGGGUGACAACCGGACUCCUAUCAAUGACGCCAGCUGAGCCCCUGGUAGGGGUCUUUGCUGCCCCCCCAGAUGGCUGAAGCCAUACAGCCUGGUGGGCUGUAAGUGCCUUGUCCCCAAGGCCUGGCCCCACCCCUCCCUACUGACCCCUUCUGGCAGCUGCUGCCAGAGAGGAUGGCAGAACACCAGGUCCUCUUUUACUUCUGAAGCCUGGAAUGUUGGGACCCAGCCCCCACAGGCCUGGCUCUGGCAGCCACUCUCAGCCCUCCAGUUCUUUCCGCUGCGCUGGAGCCAAAAUGUGAACUUGCAUGGCAGGACUUUACAACCCUUGUAUUUCCGUGUUAGACACUAACUUGUUACGGUAGGUUGCCUAGCUUAUGAAUCAUAAGCUACAGAGGAUCCAGUGAGCAGGUUCAAAUCAAAACUAAGAGAUGUAUUCUCCAAACUUAUAAGAUACUCCUUAAGCCUGUCUGAAGACCUAGGUUCUGGCUCAGACUUGGCUGCGGACUCAAUGGGUGCACCAGGUCUGUCCACUCUGGGGCACAUGAUGUGGCUUUUGUGCCUUAUGGCCCCAGCAUUCUGCAGGCCUCUGAUUGUCACUAGCAUUAGAAAAGAGGAGUGGUACCCCCCCUUCUCCCAUGGUGGUUUUUUUUUUUUCCCCCACUUUGCAGCCCUGACUGUCCUGAAACUCAUGAUGUAGACCAGGCUGGCCUGGAACUCAUGAUGUAGACCAGGCUGGCCUCAAACUUACAGAGAUCCACCUGUCUC